UGUUGAGUUCUAUACUAGGCAAGCUACCUGGUAUGUCCUCAGAGCAGAUCAGUCCAGAGGCUGCAGGGAAACAGUUUGAGAAUGAUUUCCAGGAACUGAAAGAGAGGUGCCAGCCCAUAUUUGCGGCCGACCCAUCUCAGAGGUUUCUACGAGGGUAUGUCACAGCAGAUGCAGCUUUCACAGCCAUUAUCAAAUAUAACAAGUGGAGGAAGGAUUAUAAUGUGGAUAACUUGUCCACCGACGAUCCAGACAUCAUGUCGGAACUGGCAAAGGGGACAGUUCACAUACUGCGAAAUAGGGACAAGAAGAACAGACCCAUCUUGUAUGUGGCUGUGCGGAAACAUCUUGCCAGUGACAGAGACCUCGACAAGCUAACAAAGUUCACUGUCUAUAUGCUGGAACAGACUUUUAAAAAACUCAAUGAGGAGAUAGUAGAUACAAUAUGCAUUGUGUUUGAUCUACGCAAGUUCACCUUAGCUAACAUGGACUACCAGUUUGUCAAGCGGCUGGUCUGGCUCUUGGGCAAGUACUAUCCUGAGAGACUGGGCAUCUGUCUUAUAUAUGGUGCUCCCAUGGUGUUCCAGGGCUGUUGGGCGGUUAUCCGACCUUGGUUGAAUGAGGUCACUGCAAGCAAGGUGACUUUCGUAGGGACAGAAGAGCAGCUGUGUCAGUAUCUGAACCCAGACUGUCUACCUCCAUGUGAGGACUGA